GUCGGUGAGUGGUUUUGCGGCCUUGGUGUGCCAGUCCCCCAAGCCGUCGUGUGCAUCCUUCUAGUCCGUAGACCCCUGCAGGCUCAAGUGCCUGAGAGGUCUAGUGAGCAUGAAGCUCAACAUUGCUUCGCCCGGAACGGGCUCGCAGAUGUUUAUCGAGAUCGAUGACGAGAAGAAGCUCCGUGCCUUGUACGACAAGCGCAUCUCUCAGGAGGUGGAGGGAGAGGCUCUUGGAGACGAGUUUGCUGGAUACAUGUUCCGCAUCUCCGGCGGCAACGACAAACAGGGCUUCCCCAUGAAGCAGGGGGUGCUUUCCGCCAACCGCGUGCGCCUGCUUCUGCACAAGGGCGUGUCCUGCUACCGCCAGCGCCGCCGCGGCGAGCGCAAGAGGAAGUCGGUGCGCGGCUGCAUCGUGGCCGCCGACCUUGCCGUGCUUAACCUCGUGGUGACCAAGAAGGGGGACCAGGACAUCCCCGGGCUCACGGACGCCCCCGUGCCCCGCCGCCUCGGCCCCAAGCGCGCGAACAACAUCCGCAAGCUGUUCAACCUCGGCAAGGAGGACGAUGUGCGCAAGUAUGUGAUCGCCCGCAAGUUCGAGAAGAAGGGCAAGACCGUCACCAAGCGCCCCAACAUCCAGCGCCUCAUCACCCCCAUCCGCCUCCAGCGCAAGCGCGCGCGCGCCGCGGCCAAGAAGAUCGCCCAGGCCAAGAGCCAGCGCGAUGCGUCGGAGUACGCCAGCCUUUACGCCCAGCGCCAGAAGGAGCAGAAGGAGGCCCGCCGCUCCAUGAUCUCCAAGAGGCGCAGCUCUCGCAAGGCCUCCGCCAAGGUCGUGGCUUAAAAAACAUGGUUGCAGUCGAUGGCAUGCAUUGCGAUGCCACGCGGCAUGAGUCUGUGAUUUUGUUGCGGAUUUAAUGCAACCGGGGGAAGACCGUAUCUGAGCUUUGACCCGUGGGUAAAGCUCGUUUUGAGCUGCUGCCACAGGAGUAGGACCCCUGGCGGGUUUUGGCUUGGUUGGUCAUGGGUCUUUUUACUGCUUGCUCUGCUCGCCGCUCCCGCGGUGGCGUUGGCAUUGAACGCUAAUGAACGGGGGACAUGAACUUCAACUCUUAUAUGGGACCUUUUUGUCAUGCGGGCACCGCCGACAGCGUGUGUCACGCUUUUCCGCACCACGUCUAUCUCGGUGAACAGGCACUCACCCGCAGAUGACGGCAUGUGCUUGAGCCGAGGGCGAGAGUAUAUUUUGGCCUUGGCGCGGGACCUCGCGAUGGUCGACAGAGUCAUGUAUCGGACAUGUUCGGUGGUUUCCCCGUCUAGUGCAUUACUGGAUCUUUUUUACAGGGAUCUCGCACGCACGCGCCAGUGUGACCCACCCCAAGAGAUGGUCGCCAAGUGCUCGCUUGCAGGACGACAAAACG